AACCUAAUUAAAGGGUCGAAUAAUUCGCACUGUGAGUUGGAGCUGAGGAGAGAAUGAAGAAACAAUUCCUCGCCUUGUUGACCAUUUCGCUGGUGCAGUGGGGAGAGUCAAUUGACGCAAAUGCCUGUCAUCCUAGCCCGUGUGUGCAUGGCUCCUGCUUUAGCGGACCGGCUGGUUACCUGUGCGUCUGUGAUCACGGCUACACUGGCAUUCACUGUGAUUCGAGCAUAGGCGGCAUUGAGACGUGUCUGUCGUGCCCUGCCAGACUCACGGACGUGCCGUGUACCCACGUGCAGAAGUGCUCAUCGGGCCAGCAAUGUUUCGCACGUAUCCUGGCAACGUCUUCCGGUGACCUGCUUCACGAGUACGGCUGUAAAGACUCGCAGCUAUGUGGUGCAAGAUCGGUGAUUGGAAGGAGAGAGACACCAACGUCCAUGACAUCCCGCCAGACACAGACUGGUUUUCCACUGUGCGAACGAUGCUGCUUGGGGGCGAUAUGCAACAUGAACAUGUGUGGCCAAGCUCCAAACAUUUCGGUUAGUGGUGGUCCCACCUGUUACUCCUGCUCAAACCAUACCACAAAGGAUUCCUGCACGGACAUACAACACUGUCCGGCUGGACAGGUUUGCCAACUUGUCCCCAAAAUCUCCAUUGCAACCCAUACAUAUCACUUCGAGUCGUCCUGUGCCGUGCAUGCGGACUGUCAAGCUAAAGUAGCCGCCUUAACGCAGGGAAUACUGGGCAGAAAAAGAGACAUGCCUUGUUCUAUGCGAUGUUGUAACACAACCCUGUGUAACCAGCUAUCAUGCGGGCAAGUGACAACACCAGUUGCUGAUCCCUGCUCAUCCAAUCCCUGUCAGAGAGGCACAUGCACCAGUUCGAAUGGGGACUUUGAUUGCCAGUGUCCAUCAGGGUAUUCUGGGAAGACGUGUGAUAUGGGACCGUUGCCUAUGGAUUGUAAAGACAUAAUCAAUCGCCCACAUCUGUUCUCGAAUCGAGGUGACGAUGUGUACACAAUAAUGUUGCCAAGGUCACACACUGUGCUGCGAGUCUUCUGCAACAUGACGCACGAUUCGGGAGGCUGGACCGCAUUUCAACGCCGCGUCACAAACAGUCCAGAUUUCCACAGAAACCUGGCAGAGUACAAAAAGGGAUUUGGGGACAUAAAUUCCAAUUUCUGGAUGGGUUUGGAGAACUUGAAGGAAAUCGUAGAUUUAGGACCUACUGAUGGAAAAUUCCACGGAGUUGUCGUUGGUGCUAACGAUAGCACCUUCAGCGAAGAAUGUACCUUUACAUUGCGAAUCAUCUCUCUGAGUGGGGCUCCGUCGUUUACAAUCGAGAGGGAGGCUAAUGCGACUUUUUCAUGUACAGGCAGUAUAUCCCCGCAGGACAAUGGACAGGUAGAUGCCGGGUUUGUUAUCCCGCCUGUCGCCACAUUCGCCACUUACGACCGGGACACUACUGACGCCUGCGCGGCGCAUCAAGGGGGAGGAUGGUGGUACUAUGGUUGUGUCCCGUCUAACGGCUCCUUACCAACCAACACAUAUAAUAACUCUAACAUCUGCGGAUCACAUUUCUAUCCCGGUGGACAAUUACCUCCAGAUGAAGAUGCUCACUGUGCCCCAUUCAAUUUAUACUCUGACCGUCCAUCGCAAGUAUUUAAUAUGUUUUCAAUGACUUACAUUGAUAUGAUGAUUCGACGGAACAAUUAGUUGUCAAAAUAGAUAUAUGCAACCUGAAUAUUUACAAAAAUCGUGCAGUACGUUGCACACAUGGUAAAGAAAAACUUUAAUUAAAUUAAGUCGGUUGAUUAACAUAGAUAAUGUGUGUUAUUGUAGGUCACUUGCAGGCUAAUCUAUUUAUUUGUCUAUUUGUCCGUAAUUGGUGUUUUAUUGAAGAUCUUUUGGACAACUAUAAUUAUUUUUGA